AAACCAGUCAGAGAGCAGCAACCUAAGGUUGUUGAAGAGAAAAGCUUCGAAACGAGAAUACCACCAGAAACCCAACAGCUCAUUCUCAACCUCUUCAGAAACUCGUUUAGGGAUAGACUAGAAACAGAUAUCCAACCGCUUCUACAGGAAGUUAAGGGGCACUUGUUCGAUCGCAACUUCAAAGACGCUUUUGGAAGAGAAGACUACCUCGAGGCGUAUGCGGCGCGGUGGAGUCCAAGUCGUGCAUUGGGCUAUUUGGGUCUACUAUGGCGCAUGAGAGAGUCAUUAGAUCUCGUGCAAACACAAGCAGACGAGACAUCAGAAUCCUCAGAAAGCUCAAGCAAGAGCUGGAAAGUCGUAUGUCUCGGCGGCGGCGCAGGAGCUGAAAUCGGAACUCUCGGCGGACUCCACAAACUCAUCUCCGACACCCACGAAGAGCAGAGAGAGGGCCAGCCAAAAGACAUGGAAGUCGUGGCUGUCGAUAGCGCGGCCUGGGGAAAUGUGGUCGACCAGCUCACCCAGCACAUCACCACACCGCCUCCACUGUCGAAAUACGCAUCCGCCGCCGUCAAAGCAGCGAAUCGUCCGCUGGCCGAACCGUCGGCAUUCAAAACAACUUUCCACCAACACGACGUCCUGACAAUGGACUCCGCAACCCUCGCCGCCGCCCUGGAACACGCAGAUCUCGUCACGCUAAUGUUCACGCUGAAUGAACUGUACUCCGCAUCCAUGUCUCUAACCCAGCAAUUUCUCCUCCGCAUGACCGAGAGCCUCUCUUCGGGCGCCAUGCUGCUCGUUGUCGAUAGUCCAGGGAGCUAUUCCACCGUCAGUGUGAAUGGAGCGGAUAAGAAUUACCCGAUGCAUUGGCUGCUAGAUCACACUCUGUUGGCGGACACAUCGGGCGGUAAGGCGAAAGAUGAAGUAAGGAGCUGGGAGAAGGUGCAGGAGGAUGAUAGCAGGUGGUUCAGGCUGGAUGACCGAUUGGAGUAUCCUAUUGAGUUGGAGAAUAUGCGGAUGCAAUUGCAUCUGUAUCAGAGACUGUGA